AUGAAAUCAAAAUAACAUAUUAGAUCAUCUUCUACUUAAUUUGAAAUUUUGAUGUUGAAAUUUAAUUGGAGCAUGAAAAUGAAUGCUCUACAAAAAAUAUUAUUAAGAAGAUGCAGAUAACCAUUAUAAGAUCUUAAAAAUCACUACAAUGAACAAACUAGUAGAAUAACCAAAAAACAUGUUCGUCAUUUAUCAUAUGAAACUGAUGAAUCAAUGGAAUAACUUAAAUUAUUAGAAUUAUUCAAACAUCGAAGAACUCCAACUGACAAUUUUUAAAAAUAUACUUCUUCUGACAUAACUCGAAUCUACAGUAACAGAAAUCGAGAGGAAAAUUCUUCAUUCUUUCAAUCUGAUGAGAAUAUUAGAAUUAAUGAAUAAUUUUUAGCUCUCUUUUAAGAUCGAAAAGAUUAAACGUAUUUUGGUAUUUUGAGUAAAUUUCAUUCCAAUAAUAGCUCCAAGAACUUAAAUUGA